GGCGACCUGUCACCCGGCCGGCACUCGCUGUUCUCUGUCCUUCGCGCGGAAAGGGAGGAAGGGUUAACCAGGUCGUGAUGGGCCCAGCAGAGGAGGAGGACGCGCAGCUCGCGGGGGGAGGAGACACCUCGCUGCCAGGUGAGAAUUAUGAAGAUGAUGACCUAGUAAACUCUGAUGAGGUUAUGAAGAAACCAUGUCCAGUACAGAUUGUUCUUGCACAUGAAGAUGACCAUAACUUUGAGCUUGAUGAAGAAGCUUUGGAGCAGAUAUUGCUACAGGAGCACAUACGAGAUCUUAACGUAGUAGUGGUAUCCGUGGCAGGAGCUUUUCGUAAAGGGAAAUCAUUUCUACUGGACUUCAUGCUUAGAUAUAUGUAUAACAAGGAUUCUCAAAGUUGGAUUGGUGGAAGCAAUGAACCAUUGACUGGCUUUACAUGGAGAGGUGGUUGCGAAAGAGAAACUACAGGCAUACAAGUCUGGAAUGAAGUGUUUGUGAUCGACAGACCUAAUGGAACAAAAGUGGCUGUGCUGCUAAUGGAUACCCAGGGUGCCUUUGAUAGCCAGUCAACUAUCAAAGAUUGUGCAACAGUGUUUGCUCUGAGCACUAUGACUAGCUCUGUCCAGGUGUAUAAUUUGUCUCAAAAUAUUCAAGAAGAUGAUCUUCAACACUUGCAAUUAUUUACAGAAUACGGCAGACUUGCAAUGGAAGAAAUCUACCAGAAGCCAUUUCAGACACUAAUGUUUUUGAUUCGAGACUGGAGUUAUCCUUAUGAACAUUCAUAUGGUUUGGAAGGUGGAAAACAAUUCCUUGAAAAGAGAUUGCAGGUAAAACAAAAUCAACAUGAAGAGCUACAGAAUGUAAGGAAGCACAUUCACAAUUGUUUCUCAAAUCUUGGUUGCUUCCUUUUGCCACAUCCUGGUCUUAAAGUUGCAACUAAUCCUAGUUUUGAUGGGAGAUUGAAAGAUAUUGAUGAAGAGUUUAAACGAGAGCUUCGAAAUCUGGUUCCAUUGCUGCUUGCCCCAGAAAAUUUGGUAGAAAAAGAGAUAAGUGGAUCUAAAGUCACUUGUAGAGAUCUUGUAGAAUACUUUAAGGCUUACAUUAAAAUUUAUCAAGGAGAGGAACUUCCACAUCCAAAGUCCAUGCUUCAGGCAACAGCUGAAGCUAAUAAUCUUGCUGCAGUAGCAGGAGCAAGAGAGAUCUAUUGCAAAAGUAUGGAGCAGGUAUGUGGUGGGGACAAGCCUUACAUUGCACCUUCAGAUCUGGAGCGAAGACACCUGAAUCUCAAGGAAGUGGCAAUUAAACAGUUCUGUUCAGUAAAAAAAAUGGGUGGAGAUGAAUUCUGCCGUCGUUAUCAGGACCAGCUUGAGGCUGAAAUAGAAGAAACCUAUGCAAAUUUUAUAAAGCACAAUGAUGGCAAAAAUAUCUUCUAUGCUGCUCGUACCCCUGCCACACUAUUUGCAGUCAUGUUUGCUAUGUAUAUAAUCUCAGGACUGACUGGCUUCGUUGGCCUAAACUCUAUAGCCGUCUUGUGUAACCUUGUCAUGGGGUUAGCACUGACGUCUCUUUGUACUUGGGCAUAUGUUAAAUACUCUGGGGAGUUCAGAGAAAUUGGAACAAUGAUUGAUCAGAUUGCUGAAACACUAUGGGAACAGAGGAGUCCCAGGAAGGUGUUUUCCAAACUGUUUGAAGUUACUAGACGUCGAAUGGUUCAUCGUGCUCUUUCAUCAGCACAGCGACAGAGACUGUCAUCCAACAAUAACAAGAAGAAAAAUUAGACAGUAUUUUUAACUUUUUUCUCUAUCCGAAGUGUUCACACUUACACAUGUAGGACAAUAAGCAGGACCGUCUGGGCCGGUCUGCAUAAAUGCUGUAUACAUACCAGAUUUGAUGCUGCAUAUAGGGUAUGGAAUUGCACAUCCAUCUCAUAGGAAUUGUAAAUGGUUUGAAUAGGAGGAAAGUAAUUUUUGUUGCAUUAUAAAAUGUCUAACUGCAUUAUUUGUAGCAUCAUAACUUUUUUUGGGAGAAGCACCUUUUUAUUUCCCACAUUCCUGGUUAUUUUCUUCAUUGCUUUGAAUUGAAUUUUUAUAUAUUUUUAUAUGUAACUCUUUUUUUACCUCAUGUUUUUAUUUGUUUUGCACAUUUCUCAUACCACAGGUAUUGAAGCCCCUGGGUGAUAAUUUGAUGGAGGAAAACAUAAGGCAGUCUGUAACAAACUCUAUCAAAGCAGGCCUGACUGACCAGGUGUCUCAUCAUGCCAGAUUAAAGACAGACUGACAGUUCAUCUCCUCAUGGACUCCACUCUUUCUUUUUUUCAUGCUUGCUGUACAAUGAGAACUCAAAUAAAAAUAAACCAAAGUUUACAAUCAACUGUAGAAGUAGUUUAGAUAACUGGCUUCACAGAUGGCUGCCACAGAGUGUGAAAUUGUUUGUUGGUUUUAAGCAUUCUGUUCAUGGCUCCUAAGGCAUGAAGACUGGCUGAGGAGCAUUAGUUUUCAUGCACACUUGUACCAUGUUUAAUUCUUUUUUUCCCCUUUUUACUUAAUCUAAUGUUAGUGAAAUUUGUCUUAUGUAAAGGAUAUUUCAGGGAAAUAUUUUAAGAAAUCUAUUUAGAGUCUCUUUAACACAGUGUCCCAUUGAAAUUUUAAUUUUUAGAGAAGUUAUGAAUCACUGUAUCAAGAAUCAGAUUGGAAUGACAAUGAAGCCUUUAUUGAGCCACGACAUUAAAAGUAUAUAUUGCUUUACUGCCUUCAAUACCAGUAUUACAUAAAUGCAUGUAUCAGAAACUUCACAGAAAUUACAUGACAACUCUUGUAGCUAAGAAAGUGAUUCUGAGGUGUACAUUUGUCUUGCCUUUUUAAAUUUAUAAACCUGCCCUAAAAGGAGAUGCAUAUCUGGGAAACUGAACUGUCUUUAUGCAGUUUAGCCUUCAUGUACAUAAAAUAUGCCGUUAAUUUAUUGGGGGAGAAAUUCCAUCCAAAAAUGUUGCCUACAGCUAUGAGUUAAGAGUGUCUAUACAGUGUGUAGCUUUUAUUUUCUAAAAUCACAGGUAGGGCAUGUAUAUGAAUUAUAAAUAUAUAAAUACGAUUUUGUAUUAAAAGUUUUGUAGUUUAUGACAAAAUCUGGUUCUGUGGUAGGCUAAUGAGUACAGUCCCUGUGAAGGAAUGUUUGUGGCUCAUGUCAGUGUGUGAAUGCAUAGACAAUUUGAAGUUUUUGAUAUAUUUGUGAUAUUUAUCUUCUUGAGCACUGCAGUCUCACCACCCUCCCCCCACCCCCUCCCCCCAGGGGAAUUCAAUGGGAAUGUUUAUUGUGACUUUGUCCUCUGUUGCAUUUUAAAGUUCCUUCCUGUAAUUUAUUUUCAGUACAUAAUUAAAAAUUUGUAUAUAUAAAAUGGAACUUGUGAUUUUUUUUUUUUAAGGAAU